GGGGGCGGGCGGGCGGCAGCACGGCGGCCCCUGCCAGAACCCGAGCGGGAGCCGGAGCCGAGGCGGCCGCAGAGAACGGGCGCCGGCGCAGUAGGAUGAGGCAGCCAGCGGAUCCAGGGCCAGAAGAGGGCACCAAACCUCUUUACAGAUGGUUGUGAACCACCACAUGGUUGCCGGGAAUUGAACUCAGGACCUUUGGAAGAGCAGGCAGUGCUCUUAACCACUGAGCCAUCUCUCCAGCCCAGCACUAGAGAGAUUGAGGCAGAAGGAUUGCUAUGAGUUUGAGACCAGUCAAGACUACACAAGCCUGAGCCCUUGUGAAGCUGGCAAUGACAAGUCUGAAUGGUCGCCAUGCCGAGAAAACCAUUGACAUGCCAAAACCAUCAGCCCCCAAAGUGCACGUACAGAGGUCCGUGUCCCGAGAUACCAUCGCCAUUCAUUUCUCGGCAUCCGGGGAGGAAGAGGAGGAAGAGGAGGAGGAGUUCAGGGGGUACCUGGAGGAGGGGCUAGAUGACCAAAGCAUUGUAACAGGGCUUGAAGCCAAGGAGGACCUGUAUCUUGAACCCCACGGUGGCCAUGACCCUGUGGGCCCUGCUGCCGCGACCAUCCCGGCAGAUGGACUGUUUGUAUCUGAGGGCCCUGCCAUUUUGCCCAUCUCUGAGAACACUGUAAAGCUGCUGGAGCCCCCUGCUCCGGCAGUGCAAGUAUUAAGUACAGUGCCACUGGCUCUGUCCCCAGGGUCGUCUUCAUCUGGGCCCUUAGCUAGCUCUCCCAGUGUGUCAUCCCUCUCUGAGCAGAAAACCAGCUCUUCGUCCCCAUUGUCUUCUCCUUCCAAGUCCCCUGUCCUUUCAUCCAGUGCCUCGUCCUCCGCGCUUUCCAGUGCUAAGCCCUUCAUGAGCCUGGUGAAGUCCCUGUCAACCGAGGUGGAGCCAAAAGAGUCCCCCCACCCCCCACGGCACAGGCACCUGAUGAAGACCCUGGUCAAGUCCCUGUCCACAGACACCUCCCGUCAGGAGUCGGAUACCGUGUCCUAUAAGCCCCCUGACUCCAAACUCAAUCUGCACCUGUUCAAACAGUUCACACAGCCACGGAACACAGGUGGAGACUCCAAGACUGCGCCUUCUUCCCCACUGACUUCGCCCUCUGACACCCGCUCCUUUUUUAAAGUGCCCGAAAUGGAGGCGAAAAUCGAAGACACUAAACGACGCCUUUCCGAAGUCAUCUAUGAGCCCUUCCAGCUCCUCAGCAAAAUCAUCGGGGAGGAAAGUGGCAGCCACAGGCCCAAAGCCUUAUCUUCAAGUGCUUCAGAACUCUCCAACCUGUCCAGUUUGAAUGGGCACUUGGAAAGCAAUAACAACUACAGCAUCAAGGAGGAAGAGUGUGACUCCGAGGGGGACGGCUACGGCAGUGACUCCAACACUCCCAGGAGUGAACCCUCGAAGCCCACCGAGGAAGCUGGGAAGGAAGAAGAGCCUAAGGGAUCCCAGGGGAGCAGUCUGAAGGAUUUAGGCCUGAAGACAAGUUCUCUCGUGCUUGAGAAAUGUUCUCUGUCUGCCUUAGUGAGCAAAGAGGACGAAGAGUUCUGUGAACUGUACGCUGAGGACUUUGAGCUGGAGCCUGAGGGCGAGGGGAGACUUGAUAAGCCCCGAGAUGUCCCCCUCAAGCCAGAGGUGCUUGCCGAUGAUGGCUUGGUUCUGGACAGCGAGGACGAAGCUGACUCAGCCACCCAGCACCAGGAGUUACCAGUGAAGACGUUGGGCUUCUUUAUAAUGUGUGUGUAUGCGUACCUCAUCCUCCCCCUCCCCUACUAUGUGAGCGGGCUCUUCCUGGGCAUUGGCCUUGGGUUCAUGACUGCUGUUUGCGUGAUCUGGUUUUUUACACCACCAAGUGCUCAUAAAUACCACAAAUCACAUAAAACUCUGCAACACUGGAACACAAGAUCCUUGGAUAUCAAAGAGCCUGAAAUACUGAAGGGGUGGAUGAAUGAGAUUUACAACUAUGAUCCAGAAACGUACCACGCCACGUUGACGCACUCAGUCUAUGUCCGGCUUGAGGGUGGCACCUUAAGGCUUUCAAAACCCAACAAAAACAUAUCCAGGAGGGCAAGCUACAAUGAGACAAAGCCAGAGGUCACCUACAUCAGCCAGAAAAUCUACGACCUCACAGACAGCAAGAUUUAUCUUGUACCUAAAAGUCUGGCUCGCAAACGAAUCUGGAAUAAAAAGUACCCCAUUUGCAUUGAACUUGGUCGGCAAGAUGACUUUAUGUCCAAGGCUCAGACGGACAGGGACACUUAUGAGGAGAAGCCACCUGCUGAGAAAGAGCUGGCAAGUGAAGACCUUAAGAAGCCACCCCAGCCUCAAGAGGGGACAAAGUCUAGCCAGAGAGACCCGAUACUGUAUCUCUUUGGGAGAACUGGCCGGGAAAAAGAAGAGUGGUUUAGGAGGUUCAUCCUGGCAUCUAAGCUGAAGUCAGACCUCAGGAAGCAGGCUGGUGUUUCUGGAAGUAAAUCAGGGCUUUUGCCCACCCACAGCAGACACAGCAGUCCCUCGGGGCACCUGACCCAUAGCCGAAGCAGCAGCAAAGGCAGCGUGGAGGAGAUGAUGUCCCAGCCAAAACAGAAGGAGCUGGUGGGCAGCGUGCGGCAGAAGGUGCUUCUGGACUACAGUGUGUACAUGGGCAGGUGUGUGCCCCAGGACGACCGAAGCCCCCACAGGAGCCCUGUGCAGAGUGCGGAGAGCAGCCCCACAGCUGGGAAGAAGUUGCCAGAAGCCCCACCCUCUGAGGAGGAAGAACAAGAAGCCUGGGUGAAUGCCUUGCUUGGAAGAAUAUUUUGGGACUUCUUAGGCGAGAAAUACUGGUCUGAUCUAGUGUCGAAGAAAAUCCAGAUGAAACUUAGCAAAAUUAAGCUCCCCUACUUUAUGAAUGAGCUAACGCUGACAGAACUUGACAUGGGUGUGGCUGUGCCAAAAAUUCUUCAGGCCUUCAAGCCUUAUGUUGAUCACCAAGGACUCUGGAUUGAUUUGGAAAUGUCUUACAACGGGUCCUUUCUGAUGACUCUCGAGACCAAAAUGAACUUGACCAAACUAGGUAAAGAGCCUCUUGUUGAAGCCCUGAAGGUUGGAGAAAUUGGCAAAGAAGGUUGUAGGCCCAGGGUAUACUGUCUGGCUGACAGUGAUGAAGAAUCCUCCAGUGCCGGCUCCUCUGAGGAAGAUGAUGCUCCAGAGCCCAGUACUGGGGACAAACAGCUGCUCCCUGGGGCUGAAGGGUAUGUUGGAGGUCAUCGAACAAGUAAGAUUAUGAGGUUUGUUGAUAAAAUUACGAAGUCAAAAUAUUUCCAAAAAGCAACGGAGACAGAAUUCAUUAAAAAGAAGAUUGAGGAGGUCUCUAAUACACCCCUGCUGCUAACCGUGGAAGUGCAAGAAUGUCGAGGGACCUUGGCGGUCAACAUUCCACCACCCCCGACGGACCGGAUAUGGUAUGGUUUCCGGAAGCCACCAUAUGUGGAGCUGAAAGCUCGGCCAAAACUUGGAGAGAGAGAAGUGACUUUAGUUCAUGUGACGGAGUGGAUAGAGAAGAAACUGGAGCAAGAGUUCCAGAAAGUUUUUGUCAUGCCAAACAUGGAUGAUGUUUAUAUCCCUAUAAUGCACUCGGCCAUGGACCCUCGCUCCACUUCCUGCAUCAUGAAAGACCCCCCUGUGGAGGCCUCCGACCAGCUGUGAUGAAUGAAAAUGGGACAUUCCCAGUAUUAUGAGACCUAGCUCGAGGGGUGAGAUUUGUGGCUGCCACCUGUGCUGUGGGGCUGGCCUUUGCUGGUCCACAGCCACUGUCUCUUAAGGACUGCUUCUGCCCUCUGCCCGCGGUGCCCAUUCCACUGUGAGGUGCCGCUCCCUGCAUCCAUUGACCAGUGUCUGGUUUGUCUGUUGUAAAGCUGUAACUGGCAAAGGAGACUGGAAGAACCGUCGUGGUGGAGCCAGAAGUUAUAGUUGACUAACACCGUGGCUUGCUUUUUUUUUUUAAAAAAAAAAAAAAAAAACCUAGCAGGUUUUGUGGCAGCAAAUGAGCGCAUUUGGAGCAAAGCUGACAACUGGAAGGCUCCCCUUGCCUCUUGUCUCCUCCAGAGCUUUUCCUCAGGCAGCUGGUGCACAAUGGAACAUUUUUCCACUCUACACUUUGUACGCAUGAUUGCAGCCCUCCACACUUGGAGAAUGUCAUUGUGGUAACCUGUGUAGAGUGUGGUUUUGUGAGCCAUUUCAUCGGUGGUAAAGUUUGGCAUAGCAACUUUUUUUCAAUAUUAAAUUGUACAUUUUGGAAGCAAGUAGCCAUAGGACACACACACCCACAAACAAACACUUUCAGCUGGGGUGGGGACAGUGGGUUCCAUGUGAACAUCAGGCAAAGCCAUGACAUCAAACCAUCCCAAAUGAGGUACAAUCACCUUGCUUCUAACCAAUCCUGAUUAUUUUCUAGAGACAUGAGCAUAUGUGACAAUGUCAAACACUGCACAGUGACUGAUUGUUCCUCCCUGGUACUGAUAGGAUGGGCCAGAAAGCCAGAGCCAAGCUGUCCUUUUCUGGUUUUUCUGUGUGCUCCUAGAAGCCUCAUGUAGGACGGGAGGGCCUUAUUCAUCUAACUGGUUUGGGAGGUUUGCGGGCAGUCCCCUUCUCUGAAGGCCAGAGGAGGACUGUUCUUUCCUUUCUAGUCAGCGUCAAGCACUACAUCUCCAUGUGCACUGUGACUUUUUUUUAAUGUUGCCAACUUAAGUUUGUGCAUUUGUGUCAGAAUGUUUAGUUUACAAAUUUGGGGGCUCUAAUUUGCUUUGAGAAAACCUAAUACAAUUUUGUUUGUUUAAAGCUGCAUCCAAUGUCAAAAUUACCUUGGGUAACUUUUGAUAAUUUAAUGUCUGUGGACAAAGCUAAAUAGUGUUUUUUUUAAAACAGCACCUUGCCUGAAGAUGACUUUAAAAAGAAAUUAAUAUAUUAAAAAAUAUAUUUGAACCUUUGAUUAUUUUAAUCAUCCCAUUAAAACAUGACAAAUUUGA